UUCAUUUUAACACUAUAUAAGGUCUAAUCCAUCUUGUCAUUCUCAUCACAAGCAAGCAAAUCAUAAGCAUUGAGCAAUCAAGAAAACAAAAGCAUCCCACAAGCUUAUUCAAGUUUCUUUGAAAUCCUUCUUUAGUUUCUUUGUUUUAAAAAAAAAAAAUCAAAAUGGAGAAAAGUGAGUCAACCAAGAUUGAGAUGGGAGAGAGCAGCAAAUUAGAAAGGAAAUUAGGAAAAGCCCCACUUUUGGGAUCACUAUCUCAUGCUAUUUCAUCAAGUGUGCCUAUAGUUGCAAAUAAAAGAGCUGGUAAUUACAAGAGAGGCAUUGCUAUUUUUGAUCUAAUCUUGAGAAUUGCAGCUGUUGCUACUGCCAUUGGUGCUGCUGCUGGCAUGGGAACUGCUGGAGAAACUCUUCCUUUCUUUACUCAGUUCUUUCAAUUCGAAGCUGGCUAUGACGAUCUUCCUACUUUUCAGUUCUUUGUGAUAGCCAUGGCACUAGUGGUUGCCUUCCUAGUCCUCUCCAUACCAUUCUCUAUAGUGUGCAUUGCACGCUCUCAUGUCGUUGCUCCAAGACUGUUCCUCAUCAUAUUUGACACUGCUAUGGUCACUUUGGCAACGUCAGCAGCAGGAGCUUCAGCGGCCAUAGUGUAUUUAGCCCACAAUGGUAAUGAAGAUGCUAAUUGGUUGGCAUUUUGCAACCAAUUUGGUGAUUUCUGCGAAAUGACUAGUGCAGCAGUAGUGGCUGGCUUUAUCACUGUCGUGAUCUUAUUGAUCUUGAUUGUUCUGUCUGCUAUUGCUCUUAAGAGACGUUAACGAAGAAGAAAUGAUUAAAAAAAUUGUAAUUCGCGUUAAUAUUUGUAUUUCCUUCUUGUUAUUUUUGUAAUUUAUCCCUUUGUAAAAGUGACAUUUUCUUGUAAUGUUUUUAUUAUGUUCAUUUUGGGGGAGGGGGAGUGUGCUUGUAUUGUUGUGUUGGUGUCUGUAGUUUUUCAUUAAAAAGGGAGAGAAAACAAUUGUGUAUUACAAUUGGUG